AUGCAAAACAAGUUGGAGCGCUGUGCUGGGAGUACCUUGCAAGGCAACCAUCAAGAAAGCGAAGACGGAAAAACCGUACUAAGAACCAUUCCCCGUGCAAGGCUAUGGGAGGUGCAUACUCCGCAAGUCGUCAAAAUUGAAACUCUGCUAAGAGGAUUCAAAAAGGUGGAGGCAGAAAACCUGGAAGUCACAGAUGAUGUAUCCAUCGUAGAAGCACUCGGAGAACCCGUCAAGCUAACACUUGGAGAAUACACAAAUCUAAAAAUCACUACUCCCGAAGACAUGGAUGUCGCUACUGCCAUUCUAGAAGAAAGAAACCAAAAAGAGACCGUGGAUGUCUAA